AUGAACUUCAGAAAACCUGAUAACACGGCGGACCUAAUUGACAGCCUAAUAAAUAGCGAAAAUGGAAAAGUUCAAAAGUAUAUUUUGGAAAGGAAAAGGAAGGAAAAGGAAUUUCUGGAGAAGAAGGAAAACAUUAAGAAGAAAACGUUGAUGGCUCCAAAACUUAAUCAAAUGUUUGUUAAAAAUAAAAAUGAAGAUGACAAGUUAAUCAGCGAAACGGUCGGUCUGAGAACCGUUCACGAGUAUAAACAAAUCAAGAGUGGAAUUUAUGGCAAGGAAAAGGACAGCCAUCUUAGCGGAAAGGCCAAGGAGGACAAAGAUAGCAAAAAGAAGAACCUCAAAUUGUCUUUUUGCACCGACGAUGAAGAGAAUGAAGAGGAGGGAGACGACGGUGAAGGGGAUGGAGAUGGUGACAGUAACCGUGGUGGCGAUCGAGACAGUGGUGAUAACGAGCGGAAGAACCACUCUGAUGAGGGCAUUUCGCAAGAAGAAAACGAUGGCUCAGAAAACCCCUCGCGUCAAAAUAACCCGUCUAGUGAGGGAAAAAGGAACAAACGUGAUUCGGGUAAAAACGGUUCAGACAAAAAUGGCGCAGACAAAAACCCGAAAAAUAACGACACGCGCGCCAAGUACGACAAAAAUAAGCCAUUCAAGAAAAUCAUGAAGGACCCAACUGUUAACACUUCCUUUUUAAAAGACAAGGAACGAGAUGAACAAAUAGAAUUGCGAAAAAAAGAGUUAAGAGAAUUAUAUUUCAAACUAGAAAAUGAACAAAAAGAAAAAACGAUUGAAAUAACCUACUCAUACUACGACGGUAGUGGCCAUCGGAGAAAAAUAUCAGUAAAGCAAAAAACGACGAUAGGACAAUUCAUAAAUAAAUGUGUUGACAAUUUAAAAAACGAAUUUAUUCACCUAAGAUCGGCAUCUUGUGAAACCCUAAUGUUUGUGAAAGAAGAUAUUAUUCUUCCGAAUUAUUUGACCUUUUAUGAGUUAAUUAAAAAUAAAGCCCAGGGAAAAACGGGGCCAUUGUUUGCUUUUGACGCGGUGGAAAAUUUACAUGGGGUUACAGACAUAAGAAGGGAAAAAACUGAUACGCACGCAGGAAAGUUAGUGGAAAAAAAGUGGUACGAAAAAAACAAGCACAUUUUUCCAGCGUCAAAGUGGGAAAUUUACAAACCCAUGAAAACGUACUCGACAAGCUACACAGAUUUGUUCGGUCAUUUUGCAUAG